AUGUCUUGCCCCGUUUCUGGGUCAGUAGAAGGACAAUGUCCUGUCGGUGGCUCUUCUAAGCCCGCUCAAGGGCGUCGAGGAUGCGCGUUCUCUGGAGCGUCCCAGCCCGGAGAUAUUCACGCCGCAUUCGACAUUCCUCGCGGUAUCGAUGCAGAAGAAUGGCUUCGUACACGUGAACGACAGUCGAUUAACGACCUCCUUUACGCUAAUUACCCAUCUCGCGAACAAGUUGAUUCUGUCAAAAGCCAGCAAGAACUCGACGGAAUGAAUCCAAACGACCAAGACCUCCUCGCCGUCGCACUCGGAGCUCCAGCACGACAAGUCCUGCGUAGAGCCGAAGAGAUCGGAUCACAGACUGGAUGGCGUGAUGGAUACCUCAGCGUCGAGCAUGGCUUUUGCCCAGCAGACUACGAAGAGCCCAUAAGCGCGCUUGCUAAGUCGCCUGGCAGGAUCUGGUCUGACCUCUGUGAGCGCAUGCCUGGUUGUGUUGCUAGAGGACGAGUCCGAGAGGCAGUGGCUGCGCUUCCUCUCGUUGAGGGUGUGGAAGAGAACAUCCCUGACAAGGCUCUCUGGGGCGCGGUGGUGGCUCUUGGUAUGCUGUGCUCUAUCUACCGAUUCGAGGAUAGACAUGACGGAAAGGACGGCGUGACAAUCCGGAACAGCAUCACAAGUAAGCCACAAUGUCCGAUGGGAGAUGAUCUCUGCGAGGAGCUCGAGGAUAUCCCGUUGUGCAUCGCACUUCCGUACUAUCAGAUCUCACGAAGAAUGGGGAGAACCUUGCCUCAUCUUUCGUUUCCCGAUCAGGCAUCAUACAACCUCAAAAUCCGAGACGUCAAGUCCAAUUCCCCAUAUCUUGCACGGUUCGACAACACUGAUCUCAGGUGGCCCAUGUUCGGAGAGAGGGCCGAGGUCGCGUUCCUCAAAGGUUGUGCCGACACAUCUGCUUCGUUCCAACAUGGCCCAGAUGCUAUUGCCGCCUGUCAGGAGCACGUCAUGACUGGUAAUAUCGAGGGUCUUCUUCACGAGAUGGUUCGACUGAAGGAGAUUCUCGAAAGAAUGCCCAAUGCCUUCCACAGUAUUUCCCCCAAUCCCAACGCAGGGGAUAACUACGUGUCCGCCGACCGGUGGGUUCGAUGGGGCCUCUUUUCCACGCCUCUUUCCAAACGGACCCCAGCUGCUUCGGGGUUGCAAUUCCCUCCAUAUCUCGUUAUGGAUGCCUUCUUGGGCCGCAAGACGCACACGUCGUUCCUUGGAGUUGAAGCCCUCCACCUUCGAGCCUGGCUCCCUUCGAAUCAUCGCGCCUUUAUUGCUGCAAUCCAAUACCACUACUCCGUUCCCGAAUUUGUCCAACGGUCGGGAGAUGCCCGCCUGAUGGGCGUCCUCGAAGGCAUUGUGGAAGCCUACGCCGGUGAACGCGGCUUCAUGGGUGUACACAGGUACAAGGUCUUUGGAAUACUAGAGGUCGCAGCUAAGACUGGCCGAACUGCCACCAAUGGCCUCUCGGGCGCCGCAGAUGCAACAAGGCCUUGGGAGGAGACUCAUCGACAAUUCUCAGAUGCAAUGAAAGAGCGCCUUGAGCCGUUCCGUGGCAAGCUUGAUAUGGAACCACACUCGAUGAGAGGCACCUUUGAGGAAUGUCGGUACGUGGCUAAGAUUGCGAGCUGUUCCGCAGUUGACACAGACGUAACCCGUUCCACUGCCCGGGUCACCCUUGACAUCAGAGAUACUGGUAUCACAUUUGCACCAGGAGAUCGUGUGGCUGUGAUGCCUCUAAACAGCUGGAAGGAGUGUGCAAAGAUGGUGGCUGCCCUUGGUCUUGACCAGCAUCUUGACGAGCCUGUUCAGACCUCAGGUUUGUGGUCACGGUUUGAACACCAUCUCUCUUCUGUGACGAGGUCUUCGCACAGGCAGCUUACAGUUGUCGACAUUCUCCGCCGCGGCCACCUUGCUCCCAUUACCAAGGAGCUCACUGUCAAGAUCCACGAGCUUCUCCAUGCUUCCUCCAACACUGUUCUCCAAGUCCUGGCUACCGAAGAAUGGCCCGUCAAUGGAUCGCUGGGUGAUCUACUGCAAAGAGCAGUCAUCGAUACUCCAGGCCACAUAUGGAACAGGGCAUUCAAUCUUAACGAUCUGAGCUGGUUGUCCGACCUCGUUCAACUAGAGGUCCCCCGAACGUACUCUAUUUCAAGCUACAGCGACGAGCUGCUCCCCAGCACGGUUGACUUGACUAUCGCUCGUGCCGAAUAUAAACUCUCAUCGAUCUUCGCCAACGGACAGCAAACUGUGGGAGCCGGUGUCUCGAGUGGUUUCUUCAACCCGGAUCCGUCGUCAACUGGAGGCUCAGAAUCCGACCAAGUGUUACUUGGUGUGUCAAGGCCGGCAUCCUUCCAGCUACCACUUGACAGCAUGGCUCCUUGUGCGUUCUUCGCAGGAGGUAGUGGAAUUGCAUCUUUCCGUAGCUUCUGGCAGCAAAGGUUAUCGACAUCAGGCCUUUCUGGAGGUCGCAACGUGCUGUACCUAGGCGUUCAGUCCCGUGACAAGUUCUGCUACGAGGACGAGCUUCGCAGGCUGACCAAACUUGGCUUUAUCGAGGUCAAUCUUGCCUUUUCUAGAGAUUCCAGAGGGCUAGCAUAUGACACUGUGACACGAGACCUCGUGGAAAGAAAGACAUCCCCUCGCUACAUUGACAGCUUGAUUGUCGAGCAGGGGGAGACAAUCUGCGAUAUGGUGAUGUCCAAGAAGCAGGGCAGCUUAGGUGGCUACUUGUAUGUUUGUGGCUCAGUCUCAGUCUUUGACUCUGUUAUGAACGGCAUCCGUAAAGCCAUCUACACAUACCGAGCAGCAACCAUGGACACUGUCGACUUGAUCAUGGACAAGGCUUUUGCAGAGAGGCGCUUUAUGCUUGAUGUCUUUAUGUCCCCCAAGCCUCUGUCGUGCAACCUACCCAAGAUCUCUCUCUCAAGUCUGGCUCUACAUACUGGGCAUCGACCAAAUUCUCGAAUGUGGAUUGCUGUUCAUGGAAGUGUAUACGAUGUCACCGACUUCUGCCCGAUGCACCCUGGAGGGACACUUAUCAUCAAGUCCAACGCAGGCGUCGAUUGUACCCAGUCCUUUGACAACCUUGCGCAUACGAACAAUCCCGAGGUGUCCAGUCUUCUCACAAGGUACUUCAUUGGACAUCUAGCCCCUAAGCCCGACUAUCGGGGAGAUAGCGACAUCUCCAAGCUUCACGACCUCUGGGCAUCUUACUUGAGGGUUUCAGUGGAGACCCUUGUUGCUCAUCAGUUUGAGAUGCAUGAUAUGAUGGGCGCUUCAUUCGAAGCUCCAUCUGCCCACGAUCCAAAUGGUAUCAACAACAUUUGGCUACGUGAGGAUCUACCCAACACCAUUGCCAUCAGAGCAUUCCAUGCAUAUCAGAGUCGACUCUUGCAGGGCGGCUUUGCUGCACUAUUUGGCCCCAAGCUAGAAGAGUUGGUCCUCCGUCUGUCCUUCAGCUUUGCCAGCGCAGGCGGGCCUGGUGCUGCCAAGAAGAUGCCAGACAUCCUAGGCACAAUCUCUCGUGCAAGGUCAAGCCAGGAAGCAGUUCACAGUAUCAAGGGAAUCAGUGCUCUUGGAGACCUCAUCAGUGACCCAAACUCUGACCUGCGAUUUCAAGAACGUGGAGUGUUCGCCUACACCGCAAAGUGCAUGCAGCUUGACAUUGAGCUUCUGGAGGAUCUGCGACAAGAAGCGUGUAAUGGAAUGGAUGCCUUCACCAGCAUUGCUUCGGCCCUUGAACUUUUGAAAGACGGUGAUGGAGACGCCACGGCAUUGGCUGCUUUAUGUUCCACUCUGCUGCAGACCCUGGAGAGAAUGGCACAUCGACUGGCAAUGUUCUAUACUCAACUGGCUCGCAUCUCGCUUUAUCAGCCGGAAAUCGAACAUAACCCAGCACGGACUCGCUGGGCGUUUGUGAGGCGAUGCGUUCGUGAUGGUACCUUCUUUGUCAUGACCCAGAGGACUAGUAAGGAGAUUGCAACAGACGGUCCAGCAGAGUCUUACUACAUGCCCACAAAGUUGAUGGAGAAUACUACUUUUGACAGCAUUAUUUCUCAGAUCAACAGUGUUAUCCAAUCGUCGAGCACAGAACCGAUGCAGACCUUGGAAGUAGCGACAGUCAACACAGUCCAUCAGGAGAGAGGCAGCACAGUGAGCAAAGACACAACCAUUGCUUCAUCUGCUUUCAGACUCAAUGCUGGAGCUCUUGAAAGUAUGGAAAGCUUCAUCAAGAAAAAUCAGAAAGCCAUCCGCCGACUGAGCCACAUGCCUAAGCCAUCCCAGCUUUUGGAUCUGCAAGAGGCUGUUGCAAAGAAGGACAAACCCAAGGUCUUUCAGCUACUGGAUAUCAAGACGGCAACAUCACUGGAUCCAUAUGCCUUGUCUGCCUGCGAUAACCAAAUGAUCACUGCGCGAAUGAGGCUAAUGGCUCUGGGAAAACUGAAAAGUAAACCGCAACCAAUUUGCGAUAACAGCGGUUCAUCUCGGCAUAGCUCAAUUGCUCCAGUCAAGAUUGAUGAAGUUGGGGAGCUACUCAGUUCCGACAACCAUUAUCUCGUUAACUCCUCGAAGACAUUCUCCGGCCAUGAAAGCAUACCAUCUUCGGCUUCAGGUACCAGUGUUGGAUCUAGAAGAAGCUCAUUGGGUGCCAGCUCUGUCGCAGACACUAUCACUGAGAGUACUGUCUCAUACAGUACUCCAAUGCGACAAAGUAUAGCCAGCAUAAUGCCGCAAUUGAAGCUUGACGGACUGAACAGGAGGUCACGCACAGAGUCAGUUUCAUCCAGGCAGAGCUCCAUAUCAGCAUCGAGUGCCAUGGGCUUGAGGAGGAAUAGAUCACGGGCACACGAGGGAGCAAUCAGCUGGGAGGUUAUUGUCAUUUAA